AUGGAAAUUAGUGCCGCCAAUGAACUUUUUUCCAGUAUAUGCAAACAAUAUAGAAAUGUUUCUGUUGUUAAUAUUAAUACCAUUGGACGCAGAUUCCACACUACUCACGGGCUGCACUUAAAUGGCCUUGGAAAGCAACUUGUUACAUUAAAGCUAAUGGAAAUUAUUCAGAGACUGCAAUACUUACCAACAACAUCAUCAGUGGUACCUGUAUCAUCAUCACAGAAAGUAUCUCUAGGAGUGACUAAUGCAGAAUCAGAUACAGUAACAGAAAAUGCAACAGAAGUACCUAAAGAAGCAAUACUAACAGAAGUAGAAUCAACAGCAGCGUCAGAAGAACCACGUUCAGUAACAGCAGAAGUAACUCCUCCAGCAUUAGAACCAGCUCCUACAGCAGUAACACCAUCUCUCUCACCAGCAGUAGCAGCACAAACUACUUCACCAGCAAUAGCGGAAGAAACACCAUCAGCAACAGCAGAAGCAACUCCUCCAGCAGUAGAACCAGUUCCUAUAGCAGCAGCACCAUCUCCCACACCAGCAGUAGCAGAACCAACUCCUUUACCAGUAAUAGCAGAAACAACUCCUCCACCAGCAGCAACUAAACCAACUUCACCAACAGCAGAAACAUCACCAGCUCCUCCUCCAUCACCUUCAAGAGUAGCAGAAAAGAAUAGACCAGUCACAAAACUGAAGUCACAGCCAUAUGAGAAGAAAGUCCACAUGAACUGGAUUCAUAUACAAAAUGAAAUAUUUCAUUUGGCUGUGAAGUGUGCAUAG